AUGGCCGCUAUUACAGAGUUCGAUCCCGAUAAGGUCACUGCUGCUCGCGACGCGGUUGCCAAGGCGCAUCCCAUUAGCAAGGAUCUGUGGCAGGCUUAUAGCGCGGAGCAGGAGGCAGAGAUGGUCGAACCCUUGAAGGAGUUGUCCAACUCUACGUUUCUCAAAUCUGACGCGCCUUGGGGUCUGGCCGUGUACCGUGUCUCGUACAACGACGAUGCGGCUUGGGAUCGCAUGCUGUCUGUGCUCCGACAAAACAUUGAGUCGUCACUAGCAAUGCAACGACAGGCUCAACCAGACCUUUGUUCAAGACAUUCAUUGGUCGUGAUGGAUGACGCGUCCAAAUUCCAAGGAGCAGGUCCUGAGAAGAUCCGCGAGCAUUUUAACAGUUGGGCUGUAGACGAGCUACAACAUGAAUGGCGCGCCGACCGCGAGCCCGCGACCAAAGGACGAAAUUAUAACUGGCACCUCAGCUGGCAGCGCGAAUUACCAUCUGUCCUACGCUGGAGACUGAGCGCCCGGAAAGCGGAACAGGACGAAGCUGAGAAGACGAAGAAGAGAAAAGCUUGA